AUGGCCACCCCCAACACCAACCUCCGCGGCUUCAACCAUGCCGUGCAAACUCUCCUCAAACAACCCUCCCAAUUCCUUCCACACCUCACCAUCCCAACCCUCACCCACCUCCCCGAAGAGAACCUCGGCGCCCACCUUGUCAAUCCCUCCUCCAAGAAUACAAAAACACCCACAAUCCGCGCCCUAGUCCUCGACAAAGACAACACACUCUGUCCCCCGAAAACAACAACCUUCCCGCCCCAAAUCCUCACCAAACUACACUCCCUCCGCAACUCACCCACCUCAUCCUUCAAACACCCACACGCUAUCCUAAUCGUAUCCAACCGUGCCGGAAGCCACCCCUCGUUCGACUCCGAGGUGCGCGAGCUAGAGAGCCAGCUGUCGCACCUGGGUAUCCCCAUCCCCGUGUUUCGACUUCCAGAAGGAACAGAAAAGAAGCCGUUCUGCGGGGAGGAGGUUGUGAAGUGGUUCCGUGAGAGGGACGUGAUCAAGUCGCCGAAUGAGAUCGCGGUCGUGGGGGACCGCCUGGGUACUGAUGUGCUUAUGGCGGGCAUGAUGGGGAGUUGGAGUGUGUGGUGCAAAGAGGGUGUGUUUGAGGUUGGGGAAGAAGGGAAGCCUACGAGAAAUCUUUUGGAGAGGAUGGAGGUUUGGGUGGAGAGGUAUCUAAGGGAAUCGAGGGGGUAUACGGCGCCGGCGCCGAGAGGGUGGAAUGAAUAA